AAACUAUGGCUCUGAGGUCAUGGUCAUGAGAACAGAGUAAUCUGCCAUUGAGCUCCGCCACUGCUACGAUGACCCGGCGAAUGGUCUAGCUGAUAGGACAGCCGCAAUGGCCAUCAGGGCCGACGUGCCUCUUGCAGCGGGGACAGAUGUUGUGCGGGUUCGACAUGGAGUCGACAGGGUACACGACGGCGAGGGGCGCAGAGGUGGUCAGCUCGACGGAGAACAUGUUACGAGUGGUUGGUGGUGUCUGGCUGAGGAACGUUGAAGAGUGGAGACUGGUUAAGCUGCUGAGGGCUUUGUUCGUGGUUUUGUCCUCCCAGCUCAUCAUCUCCACCCUUUAUACCUAUGGCUCGCCCAACUAUCCCGGAUAUCCCUCGCACCAAUAUCACCGCAAUAAACCGGCGCAUAGCCCAGGACUGCACUCUUUGCCGGCAUCUUACAGCGUUCAAAUCACCGUCCGACUGGCACGCGCGGCGCGCCCACUCCUUCGCGACGGAAAUCCGGCUGGACUUUGUCGGAAAUUGGAGGCGGCGCAGGCCGUCCAGUAGCCCCUGGGAGUCAUGAGCUCAUCAGGAGAGAACCUGAUAUCGGUCCAAGGAUGCUCUGCAUUUGCGUGCAGCGAACACAAGGCGCCCUUGUGGCGCCUGUAUCCCUGAUAGAAUCUGCCAUCUCAUGACGUUGUCCCGGUGAUUGGUGAUAGACACGCAUGACGAGUUUGCUACCAACAACGCAGAGUGAGAAGUUGUGGGGAUGUAAGUACGCGACAGUGUGACGGCGAGAUGGCCGCAUACAGAGGGACGCGCGGUAAGCUGUCCUAGGAUGUCCCCUCAGAGAGCUUGCGGUCGCUGUCGGGGGAGUGCAGGUCCCGAGGAGUCAUUCCUAGGUGCCGUGCCGCCUUGUCUCAAGGAGGUUGCUCCUCUCCGCAUGUGUGGUCAUCAGGGAGCACAGCUGGCUGGCUGACUGGCUGACUAGCUAGCUGUCCGUCUGUCCAUCUGUCCGUCCCGAAAAUUGGUCCGACAGGCGGUAACUCUAUUCCAGAUGGUAUGCAAGUAUCCUGAUUUAACGAUGCUCCGUGCGUCGCCGCAGCUGAGAUGCUGAGAUGCCACUUGUACUAGAUCGGUCAGCGAGGGGUACUUCCGGAUGUCGUCACUAUCUUUAAUUUUGAUUAAGAUGCUCGCCUUCGGCGCGGUAUACGGCAGCAGAGCGCCGGUUUAAUAGUCUUUCUGAGUCGACGAGUCGGGCCCAGCAGCAUGGCGACCAUAUGGUCCGGGGAACAGCGUCCCGGAAACUGACGGCGUACGCCGAGCACCGAGUGGAAUUGACGAACGCGGUGUCUGGAUAUCCGCACAGGCUAGUCGCAGCAAAGUGUGCGCUAGUGAUUGCUGGAAAGGGUUCCGCACAACCUGCAGACGGAAAUACACCCCAGAUCCGAUCUCACUAUGGUGGUUUGACUCUCAGCUGUUCUGUCCAACAUUCCGUCUAGACACCCGCUAGACGCCGCUCCAGUCCGCCUAAUCCGUCAGAACGCAGCCUCCUCUUCAGCACAGCAGAUGUAAAUCGGGAGUGUAGCGCAGGAAAUCCAUGGUAUAACAAUAGACGUCGAACGGCCAUGAUACAGCCCAUCGCGUUUGACUCUGACGUUAAGAUUCUGCGCAAGGUCGGCAUCCAGCGCACACCAAGCGCUAUACGAGUGCAAAAGUCAGGGUCCUUAGAAUGCACGCACGGGAGGACCAAUGUUCGACUCUGCCUCCACAACUAACACAUCGGAGCUCCGCAGUGUAACACCGAUUUGCAGUGAUAUACAAGGGCGAUCGUAGUAUGGAAUGCAAUUUGUGAGAUAAUUAUCAGUAUAGCGGACCCUCGUGGUUCUCUGUGCAGUGCACGUACCCCUCGCAUAUAAUGUAACUA